AUGUCGUCUGGAGCAAGACCAAAACGGUCAGCAAGCCUGAAGGUUAACUACAAAGAGGCGACAGAGAAGGAGUACGAUGCUAUGCUUCACAAGAGCAUUUCGAAGUCUCCUUCCAAAAGACAGAAGAAAGUCACACCUCCUUCCACUGCGAAUACAAGUGAGACCCCCAAUUUAGACACAGCCAAUCCUUCCAUAUACGUUCCCAUAGACGAAGAGGUUCCUUUAAACUGGCAGCCUCCGGUCAAAAAGCAAGAUAGGUUCAACAAUGUGCUGGAUCUUGAAGGGGCCAUAAUAUCAGAGAACACUCUGAUCCUCAAAAAUAGACAGCCAAUUAGUAAAGGCCAAUGUAUAUACAUGAUCAGUGAACCUGCGGGUGAGCCGUACUAUAUUGGCAGGAUCUUAGGGUUUGAAAAAAAGGAGAAUUUCACUGAUAAUCCUCAAGACGCAAAGAACUUCAUGUUCAAGAUAAAUUGGUAUUACAGACCAAGAGAUCUUGUGAAGAGGUCGACCGAUUCAAGACUACUUUACGCCACAAUGCAUACAGACAACUGUCCAAUACAAAGCUAUAGAGGAACUGUGACUAUCAAGCAUAAAUCGGAGAUUGCGAACUUGGACGAAUUCAAGCAAACUCCCAACUGCUUUUACUUUGAAAAACUGUUUGAUCGGUACAUGAUUAAACUGUACGACGUUUUGCCUACCAAGUCCUUAGAUCACUUGCCCGAGAAUUACUACCGAGCUUUGAAUAAGAGAUUUGAAUAUGUGUUUGUGGAAACUGGUAAGGCACAGACUCUGUUAUCAGCUCCGAAAAACUGUGAGAAAUGCUACCAAUGGUGUAGCAACAUGGACAGUGUUCACUGUUUAAACUGUGAAAAAUACUACCAUAUGUUGUGUCUUGAUCCACCUAUCUUAUCUAAGCCGAAAAGAGGGUUUGGAUGGUACUGUGCAAAGUGUUCAAGAGACAUGGAGGUUGAACUAAGUGAAAGAAGAGGAAAAUUAUUGGAAGAUUCAGUCGAUGAUGAUAAGGACGACGAAGUUGAAGACGAUGAAAAGAACGAAGUCGAAAGACAAUCUACGCCAAGUUCUUUACCGCAUUAUGAGGAAGCAGCCAUUCAGUUCCUUGAAAAUGACUCCACGCAUUCUCUUGAAGAACGACGAAAGCUGGAAGAAUGGCCGUAUAGGUAUCUAGGUGUUCAUGCAAAACUAGAGGACGCACUGGAUCUACAAGAUAGACCAUACCCACGAGCUGCUUCCAGACUGGGUGCUAAACACCAAUGCAACUAUAUCCCCGACUGGUUUGGACACCCUUUAAAGUAUUACGACAAACUUGACGAUGACGGAAAGGUAGUAGAUUCACACAAGAAAAAGCAACGAUAUUUCAAAUCCAAAUCCAAGGUCAGCCCUCCUCCCAUUUCCGUUAUUGAGGACGCCAAUGUGUUGAAAGUUCCAGAUGAAUACAAAGGCCAAACACCAGAUACAUAUCCUCCUUGGCUGCUGCCAAGACCAAGAGGAUACAUUGAGAGAGGCGGUGACGAUACGGCGGUGUUGAUGUGGAGGCAACCAAAGGACCAGAGUGAUAUGGUAGAGUCUUAUAUUGAGAAAUGUUCUGAGGUUUCAGAUAAGCUGGGAUUGUACCGGAAAACUCCCAAUUUUAUGGAUGCUAUAUUGAAAUUCCUUAUGGACAGCAAUUACGACCCUAUAAAGGCAUUUGAGGAAGUCAAAAAGCUUACUCGAGAUUCGGUAAAGGAGCCUACAUUAACGCCAGAAGAGCUUGAAAAGUUUGAGGCUGCAGUGAAAAAAUAUGGUAGUGAACUAUAUCCUGUCUAUCAAGCAGUGGGAACACAGAAAUGCCCUGACAUCGUCAGGUUUUAUUACCUUUGGAAGAAAACUCCUAAUGGGCAUCGGAUAUGGGAUAAUUUCGAAGGAAGACACAAGAACAAAAUUAAAGCAGCAAUAAAGACGACUAAAGGCACACCUGAGGACAUUAACGACUCAGGGGAUGAUUCUGCUUUUGAUUCCAAGAAGAUAAAAGCGCAGCGUUUUGAGUGCAAGUACUGCCAUUCAAAUCACUCGACGCAGUGGUUCAAGGUGAGCGGUGCAGAAAUUUCCGAAAAUGGAUCCCGAAUAGCUCUUUGUAUGCGAUGCGCUCGUCUUUGGAGACGUUAUGGAGUCGUUUGGGAAGAACCAAACGAGAAACCUACCCCUAAGGCAGGUGCUGCAUGGAAAAAGAAGAUUGAAUCAGAGCUGGUCAGAGAUAAUGAAGCAAUCAUUAAAGCCAGAGAAAUGUAUAGACAACACCCAAGAAAGAUUGGAAGCAAAAGAAAGGCUGAUGAUUACGAAUCUCCAACAACGAAGCAGAAUGGUUCAGUGAAGAGGUCGAAACAAGAUAAGGAAAAGAACAAAACAGAACAAAUUAAGCUUGAAUCUAAAAAAUCGGAGCCAAAGAAGGCGGAUAACAAGAAGGCAGCAACCAAAAAGACUGAAUCCAAGAAGGUUGUGACUAAUCCUGAGCAAAAGCAAAAGGUAAAGAGAAAGAAGGUUGAGAAGAAAUCUCCUGAUCCGAAACUAAAGGGUGACUCCACAAAACCUUUAACCAAGAAAUCAAGAUCGAAAGACAGUACAAAGCAAGACAAAUCAUCUUUGGCCACUACUACAAAAGUUAAGGCUAAUAAAGAACCUAAAGAUUCAAAUAAAUUGCUAAAAAUAGCUCCCAAGAAACUGCCACCUCAAAAACAACCAUUAGUCUCUGACAAGGCCAUCGAGGAAGCAAAAUUGCCCUUCGCAGUUUCAGAGUUGGCCUCUUUUCUUCCUUGGAGAAAACUGUUCAACCGCUAUGCCAGUGAUUAUGAAAUUUCCAACUUAACAUUGGAUACGAUCAAACGAAUAAUGAAAUCCAUAAGGCCAGGCAACCCAAUAGAAGAUAACAAAAAAGUGUGGAAGCUUUUGAAGUCUGCACAACUUCCUGGCUUGACUUCCAAGAAUAUGAGUUUACCACUCUAUGACCUGCAAUCGAGACCAUGUAGCGUCUGUCGCACCUUUGAUGAUAUCAAUGAAAUGCUGAUUUGCAUAAAUUGUGGUCUUAAUGUUCAUGCUUCGUGUUAUGGUAUGGAUACAAAGAUUGAGGGAAACUCAUUUCAGAUGGAGAGUGGAUAUUACAACUACAAAUGGUGCUGCGAUCCGUGCAGCAAUGAUUUACAUCCUUUGAUAUCAACUUACUACUCUUGCAUGCUUUGUAAUGCUAGAGAGAUUGAUCAUGAUGCCUGCAUUACUGGGCAGCCAAAUGCCAUUCCUGAUUGCUUGAAGCGAACAACGUCUGACGACUGGGCCCAUGUUAUCUGUGCUCUUUUUACAAAGGGCAUAACUUUCGGUAAUCCAGCUGCAAUGCAGCCAAUUCAGGGGGUAGAGGCAGUCUUGCAUAAGAAUACUAAUUUGAGUUGUGGAAUUUGUGGUGUCCGUGGAGGAGGCAUGGCAGACUGUCAUCUAUGUAAAAAGGAAAUGCAUCUAACCUGCGCUGUGGACGUUGCAGGCUGUAUGUUUGGAUUUUUGAUUGACAACAGCUCUGAUAAUCGAGAUGCCAUCAAAAUCAGUGAUGAGGUUUGUGGGCUCCCUAGUCAAUGUCUUAUUUGCAAUAGUCAUCCUAUUUCCACUCUCCCCAAGAACUUUGUGCCAUUGCGGGCCCAUGGAACUCUUUUGAACCAAAUUGGUAAACCUUUCGUAUUGGUCUUGAGUCAAUUUUUGAAGGUCAGCAAAUCUGCGGAUUCAUUGCAACUGCAUUCUAAAAUCAUUCAACGAGAGAUUGCCCCUGAUCUAACCGAGAAAAGGAUAGUAUUGAACCCAUCACCACUAUUUCAGAACAUCUUGAACAGCGUUUCUCCUGAAUCGAAAAAUAACAGCGUCAAGCUCUCUUGUCAGCGUUGUAAUGGUAUCCAGUCACCAAUAUGGUAUCCUUACCAUGAAGAUAGUCAAGCAGAGAACAACUCGAAAGUUGAAUGCCAUAGUUGCCAUUAUGGACCUCAACAGAAUCGAGAGAUUCCCAACCUGAAAAGAUUCACUGAAAGGCUAGAUCUUUCCAGGCUACAGAUAGUUAAUGAUUAG